AUGUGCGGUGACCUGCAGAGGGCUAAUGGCCUGCUCAAAGCUAAGCUAAAUAAUUUGGAGGGUCACUCUCACAGGCUCAACAUCUUGAUUACAGGAAUUGUGGAGGAAGAAGAAGAGAAGGAACUGACGGACCAAGAAUUCAGACCAGACAGAAAGGUUGUGCUCAACUGCCCCAUAGUCAAAGGGAUGAAGUAUAAUCAAGCAACAGCACACUUUCACCAAUGGCGAGAUCCCAAACAAGUGUGGGGCUUAAACUUUGGGAGUAAAGAAGAUGCAACUAUUUUUGCCAACUCCAUGAUGCUUGCACUAGAGGCUCUCAGUGCAUUUGGAAGUGUAGGUACCCCAAGCUGAACAAGGCUUGUCCAGGUCAGAGAGUGAAAAGAGUUUCUGUUCAGACUGGAGCAGCAAAGGCAGGAACAGCAAGAGAAAGAGCAAAUGAGGUCCCCUACUUCCUCUGCACCACCAGCUGCUCCUCCAGCACCACCACAGCCUCACCUAGGUCCAACUUCACCCCACACUGACACUUGUCCACCAGCACCUCCUCCCCUUCCGUCUGGUGUUAUAGUCCCACCAGCUCCACCUCCACCCCCUGCAGGAGGAAGUGGAGACGUUAGAGGACAAGGGGCCAGCAAUGAUCUUGCAGCUGCUCUUGCAGGAGCUAAAUUGCGGAAAACGGUCAAGGAGGAGGGGGUGGCAUCAGCCCCAGUUUCCAAACAGUCAUCAUCAUCUGGUGGAGGUGGAGAAGGUGGCCUAAUGGGAGAAAUGAGUGCAAUUCUUGCAAGGAGGUGA